AUGCACGGGGAGGUUUGCCACCUGCAUAUUGGGCAGGCUGGUACUCAGCUUGGCAAUGCCGCAUGGGAAUUGUAUCUUCUCGAACACGGCUUGAAGGCUGAUGGUCGACCUGACCCCGAUGCCAACGUUGGUGAUGCUGGAGCCUUCGAAACCUUCUUUACCGAGACCAACAACAACAAACACGUCCCUCGGUCCAUCUUCGUCGAUCUCGAUCCGUCCCCCAUCGAUGAAAUCCGAACCGGUAAAUACAGACAACUCUUCCACCCGGAACUCUUGAUCAGUGGUAAAGAAGAUGCCGCAAACAACUAUGCUCGAGGUCACUAUACUAUCGGCAAAGAACUCGUGGAUGAUGUUUUGGAUAAGAUCCGUCGUGUCGCAGACAACUGUUCAUCCCUCCAAGGCUUCUUGAUCUUCCACUCAUUUGGGGGUGGUACGGGAUCCGGCUUUGGCGCCCUUCUCCUCGAACGGCUCUCGGUCGACUAUGGCAAGAAGUGCAAGUUGGAAUUCGCCGUGUAUCCGGCUCCCCAGGUCUCGUCUUCUGUCGUCGAACCUUACAACGCCGUUCUGUCCACGCACAGUACCAUUGAGCACGCUGAUUGCACAUUCUUGGUGGAUAAUGAAGCCGUGUACGAUAUCUGCCGCCGCAACCUGGAUAUUCCUCGACCCGACUAUGAGCAUCUAAACCGCCUCAUUGCACAAGUCGUCUCCUCCGUCACUUCGAGUCUACGCUUUGACGGUGCUCUGAACGUCGACCUGAAUGAAUUCCAGACCAACUUGGUGCCGUAUCCUCGCAUCCACUACCCGCUCAUCAGCUAUGCUCCAGUCGUUUCCACCAAGCGUUCCUCCCACGAGAGCUUCAAGGUCCACGACCUGACGCUGCAGUGCUUUGAACCAAACAACCAGAUGGUCGUUUGCGAUCCUCGCAACGGAAAAUACAUGGCUGUUGCGUUGCUCUAUCGGGGUGAUGUUGUCCCGCGCGAUGCCAAUGCCGCCAUUGCUUCCCUCAAGGCCAAAUCAAGCUUCCACUUGGUUGAUUGGUGCCCUACCGGGUUCAAAGUUGGCAUCAACUAUCAACCUCCCAUGCCUGUCCCCGGUGGCGAGCUCGCCAAAGUCGACCGAUCCGUCAGCAUGCUAUCCAACACCACCGCCAUCGCCGAGGCCUGGAGCCGGCUUGAUCACAAAUUCGACCUCAUGUACUCGAAGCGAGCGUUCGUGCACUGGUAUGUCGGCGAAGGAAUGGAAGAAGGCGAGUUCUCCGAAGCCCGGGAGGAUCUAGCGGCAUUGGAAAAAGACUAUGAGGAGGUUGCCAGCGACAGUCUGGAGGCUGAAGACGAGCCAGGCGCUGAGUAUUGA